CUGUGUUUGACAGAAGAGAGGGGAAUGUGUUGUUCUUCGCGAAUGCGAACGGUUUAUGUUAAUAGUCUUUCCAAAUGAUUGUGCCGUUUGAUGGGAAAUAGUGAACGGAAAAAUUUCAAGAUUGCAGUUCGUCGGACGAAACUGCGCUUGAAAAUUCCGGGCAACGGAUAGUACAAAAUGAAGCCUUUAAUCGAAUUCGAAGAAUGUUUGCGAGACACGCCGAAGUUUCGAUCCUGCAUCGAAGAAGUAGAAGCAAAUGUUGAUUUACUUGAACAAAAGUUAGACAAGGUAUUAAAAAAUUGUAGUCAGAUGAUUGACACUGGGAAACUUUUUGUAGGACAUCAGAGCCAAUUUGCAAAUAGUCUCUGGGAAUUAUCUCUGUAUUUUAAUGAUGAUUCAGAGAUAAUGGCCUUACUGAACAAACUUAUUCAUGCUUUACAAGAAAUGAACAAGUUUCAUACUAUAUUAUUAGAUCAAGCAUCUAGAACUGUAAUUAAAGAUCUUAACUCAUUCGUUAAAAGUGAUAUCAAGAGGGUAAAAGAAUCUCGUCAUUAUUUCGAAAAAAUUUCUGCAGACUUAGAUAUAGCUUUAAACAGAAAUUCCCAAGUUCCAAAGUCCAGGCCUGCAGAAUAUGAAGAAACUUCGAACAUUUUAUCAGCUACCAGAUCCUGUUUCCGGCAUACUGCUUUAGAUUAUAUUCAUUCUUUAACAAUGAUACAGGCACGCAAACGACACGAAAUAUUGGGCACCUUGCAUAAUUACAUGAACGCGUGCAUUACUUAUUACCAUCAAGGUAGCGAUCUAGCACAAGAUUUAGAUCCAUUUUUAAAACAGCUCGGGGAUAAUUUAAUUAAAAUGAGAGCCGAUUCCGUAAAACUUGAAAAAGAAAUGGAAAAUCGGCAUAUUUACGUUACCAAUAGAGAUUUAAUACCUUCCCCGACACCUGGUAAUCCUAAGAUGGAAGGCUACCUCUUUAAACGUACUAGUAAUGCGUUUAAAACAUGGAACAGAAGAUGGUUUUGUCUAAGAGAUCAUCAAUUGGUUUAUAGAAAAAGAACUGGUGAUAAUGAUUAUACAAUUAUGGAAGAAGAUCUUCGUCUUUGCACUGUAAAACCAGUGGUUGACUGUGAUAGAAGAAAUUGUUUUGAAGUAUUAAGUCCUACAAAAAGUCACAUAUUACAAGCUGAUAGCGAAGAAGCUUAUUUAGCAUGGGUAACUGCCAUGCAACAAGCAAUUGGUGCUGCCAUUCAAAGAGGUAUGGGUGCUGGUACUAUAAUUAAUAUACGAGAAUCGCAAUCACAAAAUGUUAGAGGAUCAAACAGGCAGCAAACAAAACCUAAAUCAAGAGUAUGGGAACAAAUCUUAAAAAUUGCUGGAAACGAUACUUGCUGUGAUUGUGGUGGUGCUAAUCCAAGAUGGGCCAGUAUCAAUCUUGGAAUUACACUCUGCAUAGAAUGCUCUGGGGUGCAUAGAAGUUUAGGUGUUCAUUACAGUAAGGUUCGUUCAUUGACGUUAGAUGACUGGGAACCUGAAAUACUGAAAGUAAUGGCAGAGCUUGGAAACACUGUCGUGAAUAAUGUUUACGAAGCUUUACCAAUCCCCCCUAAUAUUAUUAGAGCUACUCCAAAGUGCAACGGAAAUAUACGUGAAGCUUGGAUAAGAGCAAAAUAUGUAGAACGCAAAUUCGUAAAACCUUUGAGCAAUAUGAUUUCAUCCGGACAACACGCAAGCCGCGAUAAGAUGCAUUUUCGUAAAUGGAGUGUCCGUAAAUUGCGCCGUCGACCGCGAAGUUGUGACAAAAUCGAUAAUACUAAUCGUAACAAAACAACGAUGCUAUCAUCUGUAAAAGAGGGUCAUCAUUCAACGAGUUCGGACGAGAGUAAACAUACAUCAAUCGAAAGUUUAAGUUCUGUCGAUAAAACGAAGAAAGUUGAAAGAAGUUCCUUAAGUUCUGAUGAUAGUACGAAUAUGGAUUUAAAGAAUGAGUCUACACUUUACGGGAAAAUCUUACCACGUUCUCGUAGCGACGCAAAUGAAAGUAAUCUUAAGACUAUCGAUAAUAAUAUGGAAUUUAACAUCGAAAAUGAACAUAAACUUUUAAUUCCUGAAAUCAAGGACAAUACAAUUGCCAUGAAUGAUUCAGAAAAUAAUCUAUCGAUAAAAAAUGAAGUGUCCUUAAACACAGAGAUUUCUGAUGUGAAAGAUGCGUUCGAGAAUAAAGAUGCAGAAACGGAAAAGCAAUGUAAAGUAGAAUCCGAUGUAUUGAUGUUCGGAUGUGAUUUACCAAAGCCAACGAUCGAUAAUAGCUUAGAGUUAAGUUCCGAUCAAGAUUCGACUGCUGGCGAGGAUGAAGAAUUCACAGAUGAAGAGGAUAUAGAAAAUUUGCAUCCUGAAAUGUUGCUUUAUAAAGCUGCUGCUGCGCAUAAUCUUCCUGUAAUGUGUGCAGCUUUAGCAUCUGGUGCUGAUAAAUCAUGGACAAAUGUUAAUGACAGAGGAAGAAAUGCUCUGCAUCAAGCAAUUAUAAGUGGUUCUGUGAUGUCUUGCGAAUAUCUAAUAUUAAAUGGAGCUCGUAUUAAUUGCCAAGAUGCUGAUGGAAAAACACCAUUAUACUUGGCCACAGAAUUAGGUCACACUGCCCAAGUAUGCUUGCUAUUAAAACAUCGCGCUGAUCAGCAUAUCGAGGAUGAAAGUGGUAUAAAACCUUUGUCCAUAGCUGUAAAAGAAGCUAAUGCGGACAUCGUUACAUUAUUAAGACUUGGUCUUUUAAACGAAGAAAUGAAAGAUUCUGAGAUUGGAAUUAGCGGUGAUGAAACUUUCAACGAUGUCGUUCGUGAUUUUAGCCAGUUAGCUUGUUCUCAUCCAGAACGAUUGCAACGACGAAAUGAAAGUAACAACGCGUCACAACCGCCUGAAUGAGGUUUAAGAAUGUGCAAAGUUUAUUUGCAAAAUCUUAAAAGCAUGCUACAACGUAAAGAGAAUAAGCAGUCUGGUACAUCGAAAAUGUCGUCUUUCAGUUCCUUGCAGGGUAAUAAAAUUGAUUAACGAAGUAAGUAUGAAGUUCGAAGCUUGACGAUAUAAUAAUUGAAACAAAAGAAAGAACCAUUGCGGAAGUUGUACACUUUUUACACUUUGAUCUCUGUGCGAAAAAAGAUUUAUUAAAAUUUAUUAGCAUUUUGUAUUUCUAUUAAAGAUAACACACAAAGCUAAAAGACUUUCACAUGUUUUGCGAAAGAAAAUAGAAAGAAGAAAGAAGAAAAUAUUAUAUUUUGCUUACACGCGAAAUUUAUGCUGUCUAAUGAUAAAGUAUUAAGAUGCCGAUCUUUUUGUAUAUUUUUCCUCCUCGUUUCCUCUAAAAUUUACAGAAAAUAAAGACACGGUAAUAAUUGUCGUGCAUGAUCCGUAUAUAUUUUAAAGAUGAUCUUACAAUUUAACGAACUUCACACAGACACUACAUAGUUAUAAAUGCAAUAUGAAAUUUAAAAUAAUUUUGCAAAUAUCUAUGACAAAAUAUAAGUUAUUAUUAUAUAUUAUUAUAUAGAUAUUUGUAUAUCGUUUAUGUGAUAUCCAGAAAAAAAUAUGAAAAAGUAGUUAUAAACUCUAUAGUAUGAAAAUUUGAUUACCAAUCGACACAUUUUCGAUAUAAUAUGAUCUAAUUCCAUGAUAUCCAUGGAACAACAAUUUUAUACAUAGAUAUAUCUGUUUUUAUAUACUUAAUAUUACCAGUAUUACGCACUGGUAUUGAACAAAUUCCUUUUUUCUUUUUUUUGUAUUUUUUUUUUCUUUUUUAGCUAAAAAUAGUAAUUGAAAUAGUGAAUUGUGACAUAGAUAUAUAGAAUAUUACAAUAUAGUUCAUAGAAUAGUUACAUUUAUAAAUAGCUGUAUACUAUAUUAGAUUACCAAAAUAGACUAACAAUGAUUCUAUAUAGUUCCGUACAAUAUAUACAUAUAUUAUAUAGUAUAUCGAAUUUGUUGCCAAAAAUUGAAUGUUUGUACAUACAAACUUGUACAUCUGACAAUUAUUUGACGUUAAUUCUCUAAAGAAAUAUUUUAUUUCCUAGGGUUAUUUAAAAUUAACAAUCAAAAGAUAUACAUAAAAAUACGUUUACAAUUUUUUUUGUAAUUCAAUCUUUCUUUUUUGCUAUGUUUUAUGCUAUUAUGCAACACACGUAAAUUAAUUUCCUUUCGUGAUUUGUACAACGAAUAAGUUAUACUUCUCUUUUUGUAUAUUUUAAUAUUAUACUAACACUACGUUGAACAGUAUUUAUGAAAAUUUUAUAGGAUAAUGCAUGAUUUUUAAUCUACUUAUACGUAAUAGAAAAAUGAAUUUAGAUAAGAAUUUGAGAAAAAAAAAAA